CGAAAACGGAUGACAUGCGAGGCAUCCACAGUAAUUUUCUGAGUUUGUAAACAAACCCUUGGCAAAUAUCUAACCACAAGAAUGGCUUUGUCAAAUAGUUUCAUUGAGGAUAUUUCAGCAUCACUUGUAAGGGAAUAUCUCAGUCGGAAGGGUCUCAAAACAACUCUACAAGUGAUGGAUGAGGAGAUGCCAAGGACAGGUAGCAGCAUCAGCAACAGGCAGGCACUCAUGAAGGAAGUCAAGAUAGAAAAACUCAUGAAGAAAAACAAGGACAUGGAUCCACCCCUGCGCACUAUGAUUGAAGUCAUGUCAAGAUUCUUCAUGGAGAAAACCGUCACUGCCAGGGAUUCUCCAAGUCUUGGUCUACCCGCAGCAGACUGUCCUUCGCCUUCGUCACAGCCAGCCAAGUCUCUCACAUCUCCUCGCUCAGGGUCAAGGUCAUCUAAUUCAUCCAGUGGCAGUGAGGUCAUGAUGACAUCAAAGACCAGACCAUCAUCAUCACAAAUUAGGAGGCGGAAAUGCAAUGACCACACUGACAUCGUGAUAGAAGAUGACAUCGAGAGUGAGACCCUACUGGGGGAGGGGAAGUCGGGUAUCUUCUCCAGUGAGAUGUCCGACCCGGACCCAGCACCACGCCUACAAACCAGACCCCUCUCAUCAAAACGAAGACCUAUGCCAGGGGCUAUUUUGAGUAAUCUUGAUGAUGCCAAUCGAAGAAGAAACCCAAAGCCACGAUUUUCCGCCAGCUCCCAGUCUCGUCCAGUUGCCACCUUGCCCUCUACUGCAUCCAACUCUAGUCUAGAGGACAGGUCGGACCCUGUGUUACCAGAGCCUAGCACCAACUCCUACACACCUAAGUCACGUACACACCAUGAACCACAACCAAUCAGUCGAGUUGACAAGGACACUGAAGUGAAAGGCUCUCGGAACCGUGUUUCUAUUGAGGAUGUGUUGGAGAAGAGCUCAGAGAGGCUGGACCAGAUUAGUCGUCGUAAUUCGCAGUCCGAGGUAGUGCAGAAGAAGAGCUACAGUGUUGACAUGUCCAGCAUGUCACGGGAUCGCCCCAAAAGUCGGACAACGUCCAGGUCCAGCGAACCAGUUAAAACCUUGGUGGGAGAUGUGGAAUUUGGUGAUAUGGACGACCUUGAGAAUGAAGUUAGUAACCUUCACCUUGGUCCUACAUCCUCGAUCUUAAAGCCAAAUAAUAACCGGAUGAAGAUGAACUCUAGCAAACUGGAUUCCCAACCCAUUGACACAAAGACAGCUGUGGCCCUGAAGGUGUUGAUUCACGGAACAGCAACGCUUGGCUUCAAUGAUGAAUGGUUCUACCAGAGUCUGGGCUUCUGUGAUCUGCCCGAACUCCAGUAUGGAAUUGUACAGAAGAAGGGCGGUCCGUGUGGCGUGAUGGCGUCCAUCCAGGCUUGUAUGCUGCAGGAGAUGUUGUUUGGGGAACACAAGUUGACACACAACAAAUGUCUUGACCCCUCGAGAAGUGAAAGGUCGACCUUCCUGGCUCGAGCUCUCAGUCAUAUACUGUGGCGGGCGGGGGAUUUUAAGAAGUCUGUAGUGUCCAUGCCCUCGGGGAGGCCACAUGUUCUUGCCAGUGCUAAAUUCAAGCAUGACAACCUCACAGAAACACUGACACUCUACACUUUCAUGAAAUAUGAAGAAUUGCUGAGUUUUAUGAAACAAUCCAUAUCUCAGUUUGAGCUCGAUGGCAACAAUGGGGUGAUCCUGGUGCUAUACUCAGCCCUGCUGUCGAGGGGGCUGGACAGAGUUCGUGGUGACCUGGAUGAGACCGAUGGGAAACUGAUGGCAGCCCAUGGCUAUUGCACUCAGGAAAUGGUAAACUUGCUGCUGACCGGCCGAGCUGUGGCCAAUGUGUUUAACGAUGUCAUGGAGCUGGACUCCGGGAAUGACCAGGUCACCAUACUCAAGGGCGUACAUGCACGCUCCGAUAUUGGAUUCCUGUCCUUGUUUGAACACUACAAGUCAUGCCAGGUGGGGACGUACUACAAGACUCCCAAGUUCCCAAUCUGGGUGGUGUGCAGUGAGAGUCACUUCAGUGUGUUGUUCAGUAUCAGGCGAGAGUUGAUCAGUGACUGGAAGGCCGAGCGCAGGUUUGACCUCUACUACUAUGAUGGCCUUGCCAGACAACAAGAGCAGAUUAAAUUAACCGUCGACACGUCAAGUAGAUUCUUCAAGCCGCCAUCUGAUGAGGAGCUAGUUCCGCCUCUGGACCACUGUAUACGCACAAAGUGGGCGGAUGCUGAAGUGGACUGGAAUGGCUAUGAGCCUAUUCUCUAGCAAUCCUGCAGAGAAGACAAAAACUGCUGGAUUCAGGAAUAUUUCUGCUUCAACCAAGACGGACCUGCAGGGCAGUUUAAUUGUUAUACCCGAUCUAUAGACUGUGAUACUGUGACUUACCUGAAUAGUUCUACAUAGCCCCCACAGUGGGAUGACCUGACUAGUUCUACAUAGCCCCCACAGUGUGAUGACCUAUCUGACCGGUUCUACACAGCCCCCACAAUGUGAUGACCUAUCUGACUGGUUCUACAAAGCCCUCACAAUGUGAGGACCUGACUAGUUCAACAUAACCCCCGCAAUGUGAUGACCUGACUAGUUCCACAUAGCCCCCACAAUGUGAGGACCUGACUAGUUCUACAAAGCCCCCACAAUGUGAGGACCUGACUGGUUCUACACAGCCCCCACAAUGUGAUGACCUGACUAGUUCUACAUAGCCCCCACAAUGUGAUGACCUGACUAGUUCUACAUAGCCCCCACAAUGUGAGGACCUGACUGGUUCUACAUAGCCCUCGCAAUGUGAUGACCUGACUGUUCUACAUAGCCCCCACAAUGUGAUGACCUGACUAGUUCUACAUAGCCCCCACAAUGUGAUGACCUGACUGUUCUACAUAGCCCCCACAAUGUGAUGACCUGACUGGUUCUACAUAGCCCCCACAAUGUGAUGACCUGACUGUUCUACAUAGCCCCCACAAUGUGAUGACCUGACUAGUUCUACAUAGCCCCCACAAUGUGAUGACCUGACUAGUUCUACAUAGCCCCCACAAUGUGAGGACCUGACUGGUUCUACAUAGCCCCCACAAUGUGAGGACCUGACUGUUCUACAUAGCCCCCACAGUGUGAUGACCUGACUAGUUCUGGAUAGCCCCAGCAAUGUGAUGACCUGACUAUAUAUAGCCCCCGCAAUGUGAUGACCUGACUAGUUCUACAUAGCUCACACAAUGUGAUGACCUGACUGUUCUAUAUAGCCCCCGCAAUGUGAUGACCUGACUAGUUCUACAUAGCUCACACAAUGUGAUGACCUGACUGUUCUAUAUAGCCCCCGCAAUGUGAUGACCUGACUAGUUCUACAUAGCUCACACAGUGUGAUGACCUGACUAGUUCUAUAUAGCCCCCACAAUGUGAGGACCUGACUAGUUCUAUAUAGCCCACACAGUGUGAUGACCUGACUGGUUCUACAUAGCUCACACAAUGUGAUGACCUGACUAGUUCUACACAGCCCCCACAAUUUGAGGACCUGACUGUUCUACAUAGCCCCCGCAAUGUGAUGUCCUGACUGGUUCUACACAGCCCCCACAGUGUCAUGUCCUGACUGUUCUACAUAGCCCCCGCAAUGUGAUGUCCUGACUAGUUCUACAUAGCCCCCACAAUGUGAGGACCUGACUAGUUCUAUAUAGCCCACACAAUGUGAUGACCUGACUGGUUCUACAUAGCUCACACAAUGUGAUGACCUGACUGGUUCUACAUAGCUCACACAAUGUGAUGACCUGACUAGUUCUACACAGCCCCCACAAUGUGAGGACCUGACUGUUCUACAUGGCCCACACAGUGUGAUGACCUGACUGGUUCUACAUAGCUCACACAAUGUGAUGACCUGACUGUUCUACAUAGCCCCCGCAAUGUGAUGACCUGACUAGUUCUACAAAGCCCCCACAGUGUGAUGACCUGACUAGUUCUACAUAACCCCCACAAUGUGAUGACCUGACUAGUUCUACAAAUCCCCCACAGUGUGAAGACCUGACUGUUCUACAUAGCCCCCACAAUGUGAUGACCUGACUGUUCUACAUAGCCCCCACAAUGUGAUGACCUGACUGUUCUACAUAGCUCACACAGUGUGAUGACCUGACUGUUCUACAUAGCCCCCACAGUGUGAUGACCUGACUGUCUUACAUAGCCCCCACAAUGUGAUGACCUGACUGUU